AUGCUUCGACGCAUUGCGCAUCUCUCUCUCUGCUGUAGUGCGGCAUACGCCAACCACCGUUGUGUGACCGUCAGCCAAGAAACGCGUGAAUGGCUGACUAAUAACCUAACAGCUUUGAAGGAGGAAUGUAAAGGACAGGGGCUCGACUUGGCCGACAUGAGUGAUGCCACCAAAGCCACUUCAUCCUCUUUGCAGGAGUGUCUAUCAAGUUCGAACGUGCAAGAUGCUGCAUUUAAGACGAUGGUUGAGUCCCUGUCGGCUUCAGUCAAAGUCUACAACAACCGACUCAAUAAUUUAAAAAAUGAAGUGUGGACAGUCCAGACUAAGGUUGAUACGCUACUGAAGAUGUUGUGGGGUACUGAGAAUCCAAAAGGUGCCAGCUUUGAGGCGCCACCUAUUCCGAGCUCCACCUCUACUGCUCAAAGGGUACCCUCAGGCAAUGGGGAGAGAUCCCACAUUGAGGGGUCUUUGGUUGAUGAAGUGCGGCACAACACGUCCUGUGAUGGGACCUUAGAAGGGGAAAAAGUAAAUGUGGAGCGUGUAGUUGGUGAGAAGGUGCCAGAUAAAUCCUAUAAAAAGUCUCAAGGUAUGGUUGACAAGAAAGAGGAAGAGAUCGAGGCCGAAGUCAUUGAAGUGGAGCUCGAUCCUGGUUUUAAUAGUUCGGUUGGUGAUAAAAAGAUUACGGACAUUACUAAAGAGCUUUACGAGCGGGGUGUUGAUUUCUCAGAUUGCCUCGAUGCUAAGUCGCUUCGUCAGCGCUAUGACGAUGUUCUCAGUGGAAAGAUUGCGAGUCAACCCCCCUCUUCGUCGUCGUUAUCGGCCACAGAUAGUUCUUCUGUGAAACCGUCAGCAACUAAUACCGAUCGGCCCUAUGCGUCUCCGCGGCUUCAAUAUAGCGAGGAGCCGUCCUAUAUGCCCCCGCCGCCCAACACCGGAGAGGCAGGUCUGGCCCACGACCCAUAUCCUAAUGCGACGCGGAAGAUGGUGGACGCGAUGAAGUUUGUAUGGCAAAUUAAGCAAGAGCUGUCCAGUGAGAGGGGUAUAGAUCCUAAUACCGUGGAUUUAUGGAGCGGUAAGACAAAACUGGAGGACCACAAACGGCUUUAUGACUACCCCACCGCGCAGAGUCAUCCGAUCGAAGUCCGCCAAAAGGGUGAUAUGCCACACUAA